AUGGAGGAGCUGAUGGAGGAUAUGGUUCUGGUCAUAAUAAGGCAGACCCGGGCCAUAAUGAGUCUAAGCUUGUCGACCGAAAUGGACCGUGUGGUGUCCCGGGUCAGCCUAGAGCAGCGCCAGGCGAUGGAGCACGUGAGAGUUUCCAUUAUUGAUGAAAUCGUGCGCUGUGUUUCUCCAUCGUCUGGAUCAUCGGAGUCCGAACCGAUAUCCUCCACCCCGCCAGGACCAUCCCCGAUGAUUCCACCAGGGACCAGAGAAGGCAGCCACCGGCGGAGACGAGGGCCUCGUUACCGGAGGUCCCAGUAA